CUUGACUGUUCAGUGUUCAGUCUUCUCUCGGUCUUCACUCUUUAGCUGUAGAACCCUAGAAAGAACAUCUCUCUCUCACUGUGUACUACUAUCAGUCCCUCUCAAUUUCUGUGCUCCCCACUCUGACAAUUCGUAUCAUCCAAUUUGAUCUUCUCUCCCUUUCUCUACCUAAACCCUCUCUCUCUCUCUGAACCCAGAACACUAGUGGUUGUAUAGUAGUGAUUCUAAAAAAAAUAUUCAUCAAUCUUCUUCAUCUUCUUGUGCAUCUCUAAUGGCAUUCCGUCACUAUUUCUUACUUACUCUUUCCUUGAUUUUUAUCCAUUUCUCAUCAUUUUCUGUCUCUUAUGAACCUCGUAACCAAGAAGUGGAAGCUUUGAUGAGCAUAAGAAGAACUUUAAAUGAUCCACACGGAGUUCUUAAUAACUGGGAUGAAGAUUCUGUUGAUCCUUGUGGUUGGUCUAUGAUCACUUGUUCUCCUGAUAAUCUUGUCAUUGGACUAGGAGCUCCUAGUCAGAAUUUAUCAGGAACUUUAUCAGAGAGAAUUGGGAAUCUUACAAAUCUAAGACAAGUGUUAUUACAAAACAAUAACAUUUCUGGAAGAAUCCCAUUAGAACUUGGGUUACUGUCAAAACUUCAAACGUUGGAUCUUUCCAAUAACUUGUUUUCUAGUGUUGUUCCUGUUACACUCGGUCAGCUUAACUCACUUCAAUACCUGAGACUAAACAACAACAGCUUAUCUGGAGCCUUUCCUGUGUCUUUAGCAAAAAUCCCUCAACUUGCUUUCUUGGACUUGUCAUUUAACAAUCUCAGUGGACCCGUUCCUAAAUUUCCAGUCAGAACAUUCAACAUUGUUGGAAAUCCAUUGAUUUGUGGAAGUACAACAAGUGAUGAAGGUUGUUCUGGGACAAGCCCUGUUACUCUGUCAUUUUCUCUGGAUUCAUCACAGAGUAUUACUCUUACUUACUUACUUUCUCUCUCUCUCUCUCUGUCUCUCACAUACAGAUUAUUAACUGGCUUCCAUUAUUUUUCAGGGAAAUCCAAAACUAAAAAAGUAGCUCUCAUCGUCGGGGUUAGUCUUAGUUCAUUAAUCCUUCUUCUACUGGCAAUUGGACUAGUUUUCUGGUUGAGAAAAUUCCAAAAGAACAGAACAAUCCAGAACAUCAAUGAUAAACAAGAAGAAGGGUUGAUAAAUUUAGGAAACUUGAGACAAUUUACAUUGAGAGAAUUACAAUUAGCAACAGAGAAUUUCAACACAAAGAAUAUAUUAGGACAAGGUGGAUUUGGGAAUGUGUACAGAGGAAGAUUAUCUGAUGGAACAAUUGUUGCAGUAAAAAGAUUGAAAGAUAUAAAUGGUUCAACCGGUGAAAUGCAAUUCAAAACAGAAGUUGAGAUGAUUAGUUUAGCUGUUCAUCGUAACCUACUAAGAUUAUUAGGGUUCUGUUCAACAGCAAAUGAGAGACUUCUCAUUUAUCCAUACAUGUCUAAUGGAAGUGUUGCAUCAAGAUUAAGAGUGAAACCAACACUUGAUUGGAACACGAGGAAGAGAAUUGCACUUGGAGCUGGAAGAGGUUUAAUGUAUCUUCAUGAACAAUGUGAUCCAAAGAUAAUUCAUCGGGAUGUCAAAGCAGCAAAUGUACUUCUGGACGACUAUUGUGAAGCCAUAGUUGGUGAUUUUGGUCUUGCUAAGCUGCUUGACCAUGCUGAUUCUCAUGUUACAACUGCUGUUCGUGGUACCGUCGGGCAUAUUGCUCCAGAGUACCUGUCAACAGGACAAUCCUCUGAGAAGACGGAUGUUUUUGGGUUUGGAAUAUUGUUGUUGGAGUUGAUUACCGGAACAAAAGCACUUGACUUUGGGAAAUCGGUUAACCAAAAAGGGGCUGUCAUUGAAUGGGUGAAGAAACUACAACAUGACAAGAAAGUAGAAGUACUGGUGGACAAAGAUCUUGAAAUCAAUUACGACCUAAUCGAAGUGGGAGAAAUGGUUCAAGUGGCUCUCCUUUGUAUUCAGAACCUUCCAGCCCAUCGACCUAAAAUGUCGGAGGUAAUUCGAAUGCUUGAAGGUGAUGGUCUAGCUGAUAAAUGGGAAGCCAACCAAAAACACCAAAGAAAUCUUAUUGAUAUCAAGAACAAUAACAAAGAAGGCUAUUAUUCAUCAACUGCCGAUUGUAAGAAGCUCCGGUAUGAUUGUGAUCAGGAGAGUGAUGUACCCCGUGUUCAUGAUGAUGAUGAUGAUGGUAAGAUGUGUCUAAUGUUAAUGGAUGAUGAUGAUAAUCAUUCUUUGGGUGCUCAUGCUAUGGUGCUUUCUGGUCCAAGAUAAAGGAAAUCAUAAUUGUCUCUCUUUUACUUUUUUUAUUAUUUAUUUUUCGUGUUUUAACUUUCUUUUUCUUGUUUAAAGUUGAAAAGAAAUUAUUAUCUGUAAAAGAAGAGGUCGUAAAAGAAAAGGUGAUUCAUAAAAGAAAAAGAGGAGAGGUUAAAGGGAUACUUUAGAACAUCUUCUUUCUUUUUCUUUUUUUUUUUCAUUCUUGUUUCCGGUGUAAAUAUUAAUAUAUGAUGAGUCAUGUUAACAAA